CCGGCUUCACGUGCUGUGCCAUUCACUUCGCACCAACUUUCACCACCGCAAAUAUGGUGCAACGGACCCUUUUGCGGCGUUCAAUUCGCGUCAGCCUUCCUACUAAAACCCGCACACAUCGUCAAUCACGUCUUCGGUUCAGCACCGUGCACGAUGCACCUCUGGAAGUAUCUCGGCCAUUGAGCGCUUCCGCUUUCCAGGAUGCAGUGCAAGCAACCGCUCCAAGGACCAAUUGGACUCGUGAGGAGAUUUCAGACGUCUAUAACACUCCCUUGAUCGAGCUCUCGUAUGCAGCCGCCACCGUCCACCGUCGCUUCCACAACCCCGCUGCCAUCCAAAUGUGCACCCUUAUAAACAUCAAAACUGGCGGCUGCAGUGAAGACUGCAGUUACUGUGCCCAGUCUUCGCGCCACAAUACUGGCCUGAAAGCGACCAAAAUGGUCGACGUCCAGUCUGUCCUCGACGCCGCCCGCAUUGCGAAAGAGAACGGUAGCUCCCGUUUUUGCAUGGGUGCUGCAUGGAGGGAUAUGCGGGGUCGAAAGACUAACCUACGAAACAUAAAGGAAAUGGUCAAGGGCGUCAGAGCGCUGGGAAUGGAGUCGUGCGUGACGCUAGGAAUGAUCGAUGCGGAACAGGCAAAAGAGCUGAAAGAUGCGGGUCUGACCGCGUAUAACCAUAAUGUCGAUACGUCAAGGGAGCACUACCCUAGCGUCAUAACUACUCGGACGUAUGACGAACGAUUAGCCACCAUCAAAAACGUCCGGGAAGCUGGCAUCAAUGUUUGCACGGGUGGUAUCCUAGGACUGGGAGAAAAGGCCAAGGAUCAUGUUGGCCUGAUACACACUGUCGCUACAAUGCCUUCACACCCGGAGUCAUUCCCAGUGAAUGCACUGGUACCCAUUAAAGGUACGCCUCUUGGGGAAAGCAAAACAGUAUCCUUUCAUUCCAUCCUUCGCACCAUCGCGACAGCUCGCCUCGUGCUUCCUGCUACAAUCAUCCGUCUUGCAGCAGGAAGAAAUACAAUGCCGGAGGAGAAACAGAUGAUGUGCUUCAUGGCGGGCGCAAAUGCGGUUUUCACCGGGGAAAAGAUGUUGACAACGGCCUGUAACGGAUGGGAAGAGGAUAAGGAUAUGUUUGAACGAUGGGGUAUGAGGCCGAUGGAGAGCCAUGAGACAAUUCAGGGGCAGCAGAAGCUCCAUUCCAAGGAAGCCGCUAAUUUACCAGCCAUGCAGACGCCUGAGCCUACCUCAAAAUCUGCAUCUGUGGAAGUUUGACGGGGCACUUCUUGCGCUGAGGUACCACCCAUUAAAAGCAUAGACUAUGUAGAUGUUAAAAU